CUGAAAAACGUUACAAAAACCCUAUAAUUAUUUUAUCCUGUCAGAAGUGGCUGACAGAGUCGCAGAAGUAAACAGAAAGCGAUGGAUUCAGAUUACGGCUUUCCUCGCGAGCUCUCCGAUCUGCAGAAGAAGCGAACUCUUUACCAGCCGGAGAUCCCUCCCUGUCUCGAGGGCACAACUGUGAGGGUUGAAUUUGGUGGUGGAACAACUGCUGCAGAUCCAGCUGGUGCGCAUGUCAUCAGCCAAGCUUUCCCACACACAUAUGGUCAGCCUUUGGCUCAUUUUCUGAGGAGAACAUCCAAGGUUCCAAAUGCUCAGAUCAUAACUGAGCAUCCAUCUAUAAGAGUGGGCGUUGUGUUUAGUGGAAGGCAAUCUCCAGGAGGACAUAAUGUUAUUUGGGGUCUUUAUAAUGCUCUGAAGGUGCACAAUACUAACAGUGUUUUGCUUGGAUUCGUUGGUGGUACUGAAGGCUUAUUUGCACAGAAGAUCUUGAAGAUAACAGAUGAAGUUCUUUCCUCAUACAAGAAUCAAGGUGGUUAUGAUUUGCUUGGACGAACUGUUGAUCAAAUCCGGACUAUUGAGCAGGUUAAUGCAGCAAAGGCUGCAUGUGAAGCCCUGAAAUUGGAUGGUCUUGUUAUAAUUGGAGGAGUUACAUCUAACACAGAUGCUGCGCAGCUUGCUGAGACUUUUGCAGACUCAAAAUGUCCAACAAAGGUGGUUGGGGUUCCCGUAACACUGAAUGGAGACCUUAGAAACCAGUUUGUCGAGGCAAAUGUCGGGUUUGACACUAUAUGUAAGGUUAACUCACAACUUAUAAGCAAUGUAUGUACUGAUGCUCUAUCAGCUGAAAAGUAUUAUUAUUUUAUUCGCUUGAUGGGCCGCAAAGCUUCUCAUGUAGCUUUAGAAUGUGCUCUCCAAUCUCAUCCAAACUUGGUUAUUUUUGGUGAGGAGGUAACUGCCUCAAAACUUACUCUCUUUGAUAUCACAAAUCAGAUCUCUAACGCUGUUCAAGCCAGGGCAGAGCUAGAGAAGUAUCAUGGGGUGGUUCUUAUCCCAGAGGGUUUGGUAGAGAGUAUUCCCGAACUGUAUGCUCUCUUGCAGGAAAUUCAUGCUCUUCAUGGUCAAGGUAUUUCAGCUGAGAAGAUCUCCACCCAUCUUUCUCCCUGGGCAUCUGCCUUAUUUGAAUUUUUGCCGCCAUUCAUCAGGAAGCAGUUGCUUCUUCACCCUGAAUCUGAUGACUCAGCACAGUUGUCUCAGAUCGAAACCGAAAAGCUUCUGGCUCAUUUGGUGGAGAAUGAAAUGAAAAAGCGAACGAAAGAAGGAACAUAUAAAGGAAAGAAAUUUAAUGCAAUCUGUCACUUUUUUGGUUAUCAAGCUCGGGGCUCUUUACCUUCAAAGUUUGACUGUGACUAUGCCUAUGUUCUUGGGCACAUCUGUUACCAUAUUCUUGCAGCUGGUCUUAAUGGCUACAUGGCUACUGUGACAAACCUGAAAAGCCCUGUGAAUAAGUGGAAAUGUGGUGCUGCGCCAAUUACAGCAAUGAUGACUGUAAAGAGAUGGUCUCGUGGACCUGGCAUAAGUCCAAUAGGGAAACCUGCUGUCCAUCCUGCUUCUGUUGAUUUGAAAGGAAAAGCAUACGAGUAUGCUUUCUAAAUAGCAUUUUAAAUUCAAUGAAAUUGAGUUGAGGGUCAGCUCUAUAAUAAUGCUUUUCCAAUCAUCAUUUGUUAAGUGCUGCUUUUGGUGGUAAGUUCAGUGUAUUUAGAUUCUUUUUGCUAAACUUUAAGCCAUAUUAUUUUGAACUGACAUAUAUACAUUGGCUCUAUUUUCCCUCUUUUUUAUUUGCACAUUCUGGUUUCUUUUUACGUACAAAAAUACGUAUCUAUUUUUAUAACUUCAAUUUUAGUUGGUUUUAUUUCGAUACUAUUUGUGGUUGUUUUCCAUUCCAUCCUUCAUACGACUCAGUUAGUUAUCUUAAUAAUUUUAUUUCCGUCGCAUCCAUCAUAUCUGUGAAGUCUUUUUUAUCCAGCAUUUCGGAUUCAUAAAAUCUCAUUGAUCACAGUUUUGCUUCAUUAAAAUUUUCUUCUUAGCUUUAUGUUUUUCUCUUAUAGCUAUAUGAUCAUUCACGUCUUCAUUGUUUUUAUAACAUCUUUAAGAUAUAUUUAAACAUUCACGUGUAGGGAGCUGGAAAUUUUAUAAAAAGAUUAUUUUAGAAGAGUAUAAUGAACAAAAUAAGAUAUAUUAUAAAUUUAUUAAAAAAAUGGAGUAUAUUUUGUUAUGAAAAAUAUACAUAAAUGUAAUACUUUAGAUCCAAAUGAGAUAUGUAUAUUGAGAUUUUGAGAGUUUUUGGUGAUAUUCCUAUGUCUUGGUUAACAACUCUUUUCAAUGGAAUUUCAAGGAUAUGAGGAUGCCAAAUAAUUAGAUGAGAAGCAUUUUAGGGCCACUGCUUAAGAAUGGAGGGGUUGUGGAAGUUGUGGUGGCCAUAGAGGAAUCAAACAUAUGAGUUGUGAAAUUCAGUUAUGCGAUAGAGUAAUAGAAUAUGAAUGUAUAAAAUUUAUGUUGGUUUUAGAAAAUCAAUUUAGUUUCGUGACUGGAAGACUAUUACGAAACUAUUUUUUCUAUUAAGACAAUUAAUGAAAAUGAAUAGAAAGCUUAGAAACGAUCUUCAUAUUUUUUAAUUGAUUUUAUGAGAUUUGAUUACUUUUAGCUUAAAUAAAAAAAAUGUGUCAAAAGUAUGUUACAAGAAAAUAUAUAUAUAUGAUGGAGCAUUGGCUAGCGAUAGUAGUUGUGAAAUGAUCCAAAGAGUCUUUAAAUUAUAGUAAGAUUACAUUAAAGAUUAAAAUUGAGUAAAUUACUAUUAUAGUCAUUUAGACUUGCAUUAAAAAAAAUUAAAAGGUACAAAAAUAAAGAAAAUAUGUAGAAUAUAAAGGUUUAUAAUUAAUAGAACAAAAUGAAUAUAUUAGAUGUAAUUUUAAUAAGAGUGAUAUUAAUAAUUAUCAAUUAUUAUUAUUAGAAGAUAAGAUGUUAACUAGGUGUGAUAAAUUGAAGUAUCUUAAGUCUAUUAUAUAGAAGAGUUAAAUUUAAACAAUGAUAUAAUUUUUGUAGUUAGGGUUGGGUGUUUAAAUUUAAAAUGGUAUCUCCAAUCUAAUAGGCCGACCCCACGUAGUGGGAUAAAGGCUUAAUGUUGUUGUUGUUGUAGGGUUGGGUGCUUAAAAUAGUGAAGUAUCUUACGAUGGUAUUUAUUUGAUAAGAAGGAUAUCAUGAGGACUUAAAGGUAAAUUUUAUAAAAUUAUAAUUAGUCUUGUUAUGUUAUUUGGUUCUGAAUAUUGACAUAUAGAAAAGUUGAUAGCAAGUUAUUGGUCAACAUUCAAAAUAUUAAAAUGAAUAUGUGGCAAAAUUAGGAAUGAUGAAAUAAGUAAUGAUCAUAUUGGGGAUGGCUGGGGCAGCAUUUAUUGACUAUAAGGUUGUUGAAAAUAAACUUAAGUGAUUUUAGCACAGCAAAAAGAGAAAAUGCACCAUUAAAUGAUUAGAUAACUUUAGUAUUGAAAAGAAAAUGCAGUAGAAUUGGGCAACAUAGAUAGAAGAAGUUCAAAAUGAUUUAUGAAGAAUAUGUUUAACACCUCAUGCAAUAUUCAAUAGGAAUGAAAAAUAAUAAUACAAAUAGUUGGGAUUAAAUCUAAUGGUGAUGAUAAUGACUAUACUUAAGGUACUAAUUAUAGUGGCUUCCUCUUACACAUCCCGAUCUAUAAUAAUAUGUAUAACUAGAUAGUCACGUGAUUUUCCUCAUUCAACACAUCAGCUCGAAUGGUGCUUAUUUGAUGUGGGUAUUGGUUCCACAUAGGCGCAAGCCCCCGUGGUUAAUUGCAUCUUAGGCCUCGACCUAAGAAUACUCUCGAUUGAGGAUGUUAUUUUAUUCUCUUUUAGGUUUGGCACAUAGUUGAUACUAA